GUGGUCUCUGAGCGUCUCUGUUUACUGGAGCUCGCACCUUUCGCCUUGAACCUCGAGGUCAGGCGGACGAACCGCUCCGACCACAGAGAAACGGCAGCGACCAGGAGCGGAGAGACGUCAUGUUUGUGUCCUUAACGGCCGUUUGUUUCCCUCUCUUUCAGAAGAAAUGGAUCUGCAGGAUAAAGAAACCACGUCUGGAGAGAUCAUCCCCGUUGUGAUCGUCGGUAACGGCCCCUCCGGCAUUUGCCUGUCCUACCUGCUGUCGGGUUACACCCCCUACCUGUCGCCUGAGGGAUGGCACCCCAACGCCCUGCUGCAGAGUAAGCUGGCGGAGCGGCCUCACAUGUCGCUGCUGGAGCAGGACCUGGAGUACCUCUGCGAGGGACUGGAGGGUCGGUCGUCCAAUCCCGUGGCGGUGCUGUUCGAUUCGCUGCUGCUGCCGGACAGCGACUUCGGUCUGGACCACACCUCCCCGCUGGAGUGGCGAUACGAGCCGCAGCGCGCCGUUCCUCACCUGGUUCUGGGAAAGGGCCCGCCCGGAGGAGCGUGGCACGCCAUGGAGGGCUCCAUGCUGACUCUCAGUCUGGCUAACUGGAUGGAGCUUCCUGGGCUCAAGCUGAAGGACUGGAUGAGAGACAAACGCAGGAAUGUGAGAAAUGACCGCGCCACGCCUGCAGAAAUCGCCUCCUACUACCAGCACUACGUCUCCCAGAUGUCCCUGGAGGAGAACUUUGCCUGCGGCACCACCGUCACCUCGGUGUCCCGGGAGCCUGGUGAGCAGGACGGGUCUCCCCCCUGCUGGAGAGUGUCGGGACUGCAGCGGCGAGAGGGCGAAAUUCUAGGAGAUGGUUGCUCGGUCGCAGAGGAGGUGCCUUUCUCCCUGCUGGCCCACAACGUGGUGCUGGCGACGGGAACGCACGACGUCCCGGCUCGGCUCGGCGUGGAGGGAGAGUCGCUGCCCUUCGUCUGCCACUCCUUCUGGGAGCUGGAGGCGGCCAUCUCUCGCGGCGAGCUCGACCGGUCCUCGGACCCCGUGCUGGUGGUGGGGGCGGGGCUUACGGCGGCCGACGCGGUGCUCGCCGCUCACCAUCUCAACACGUCGGUGUACCACGUCUUCAGGCGCCCGGUCACCGACCCCGGGCUCAUCUUCAACCAGCUGCCCAAGCUGCUCUACCCCGAGUACCACAAGGUUCAUCAGAUGAUGACCCAGCAGCAGCAUCAGUCCACCCUGUCCCCACCAGAACAGGCCCAGAACCUUCACUCCACGCCUUCCUCCUCUUCGCACCCCCCUCCGUCCUCCUCUUCCUCCUACCCCGGCUACCUGAGCUUUCCGUGCCACCGGGUCGCCGCCUUCCACCCGGACCGGAAGUGCGUCCUGGAGUCAGACUCCGGCGAGCAGGCGGUGGUCCAGGUCUCCAAGGCGCUGGUGCUGAUCGGCGCCCACCCUAAUCUCUCCUUCCUCCACAAUAACGGCCGCCCGUUGGGAGUCAGCCCGGGCGAGCCCAUCUCCUGCCGGAGAAACCCGAUAGACGUGGACCCCUUCACCAACAGGGUGCUGGCGGCGGACGGGCCGGGAAUGUACGCCAUGGGCCCGCUGGUGGGCGAGAACUUUGUCCGGUUCCUCAAAGGAGGCGCGCUGGCCAUCGCCGGUGACCUCUCCAAGCGACGGCGCUGGGGGAGCGGAGAGGACGUCGUUCCUGCAGAAGUUCUGGACUCGUAGCCAGAAGCCCGGAGGUUUAAGGGGAAACGGACCUUAUCGGGGAUCUCCGAGCUCAAACGGGCGAUCUGAGUCCCUGCCGAAGCGCUUCUGGGGAUCAAAGCAGCGACACGAGCUCUUAGAACGGACUUUGACCGGUCCGGUACGAUGGCGCCCCCCAGAUAGGAGCACGUUUGAGGGUCCUGAUCAGCUGUGGAGGAAUGAUGGGGCCCAAACAGAACCCCCCACCCUGCAAAAA